AUGCCUAGAAAAUUCUUGGGUCAAAAAAUUGAGCGAGACAUUGAUUGCUUGCGUCCUUCCUCUGUGACAUUGACUGCCGACGACUUGCGAAGCAUACCUCCGUUUCCGGCUGAUCCCGAUGAAGAAGGAGAGAACAGGCCCACGGGCAAGAUUUCGAGGAAAUUUGGUGGAACGAUAAGGUUGAAGAAGAGGCUUCAGUCCGUGCCUGAACUAUUCUUGCAUGAUUUGAAGAAGAAACCGACGAGAUCGAGGACCGAGCAGAGGACUACUUCGAAAGGAAUCAAGCCUUCAAGAGAUUUUCUCCCCACGGUAAAAGAAGAUGAUUCGCGCUUCACCGUUGGCGCGCUCGACAAGGUCUUUGUUUCGGAGCCUAUUGUUAUGCCUGUCAUGGUCGGGUCCGACAGACAUCCUUUGACCCAGCAUGCUAAUAAAUCCGCAAGUGGUAGCGAGUUGCUCUUUGACGAAAUCAUUUCAGCAUACUGUGGUGGGUGCAGGGUCCCCAAACUGCUGGACACGGAGAUCGAUCGCGUACUGGCGCAUUUGAGUCACAAUCAGGUAGGGAAGAAGCGUGCCGGAACCGCAUUACCCAAAAUAUACGAUGCUGAGAGCUUGCAGCCUAUAUCGCGUGUUCCUGACCCUGAGUCGCCUGUCAUGGUGGAAAAAAUCUCGAGUCCCGAAUACACCGGCAGUUCGUCAGAUCAUUGGAGCUCUGGAGACGAGUUCUCGGAGAUUUCCGGCUUAGACGGUGACAACUAUGUCACUGCCAUAAACUCUCUACGAUCCACCAACUGCUCAUCAUCCUCAGUAGACGCCCUAAGCACAAAGCACCAAAUACAGCCCGUCAAGCUAUGGAGAAGCCGAAUAACGCCCGGGAAGCUAUUUUUGCAAGAUAACAAGUCGCUGCUUAGCGAAGCAAUGCAUGACGACCAAGACAUUCAAGAUCCCAGGAUAUCGGGACCCUCCGCCAUGCAAUUGCUGUGCGACAAGAUCGAGUCCGUAGAUAUAGCGAGCUCUAGCAGCAGCCUCUACAGCGAACACAGGACGUGA